AAUAGAUGGCUUUGACGACGUUGUGAUUUAUAUAUGUUUUGAACUGUGCAAUUAAAUUAUAUUAAUUAUAGCAAAAGACACUUUAAUAUUUGAAAUGGAACAAUGAUCCUAAAAUGUGUAGGACCUGUAACAUACAAAAAAUGUUAGUUACACAUGUAUAUACAUACAUCCAUUGCAAUAUUUAUUGACAUUAAAGAAGAGAGGUUAUAAAGGAGAUUGAAGAUAAUAUAUGAAAUGUGUAUAUAUAUUUGCAAAUCAUAUUCAAUUUAUUUAUUAACGAAACUCCGAUAACUUAUUAAUAUGAAUUUUCUUAUGAGGAGAAUUUUUACUUUGGCAAAUAGGUCAUUAAUGAUGAAGGAACAUUUCAAUGCACAAAUGAAGACUGUUAACAGCUUUCACAGUUAUCAAAUUUUAUACAACAGAAGGAAAAAACCAGCAAACGAUAUUGCACUUUCUUAUUUUAAUAGGGCAGAGAGAAAGGAAAAAGAAGUUUUUUUAGAAAUAAUACGUAUAUAUGUGAAAGAAAAUGCUCAGCUAAGAAAUCAUAUACAAUUUAUAUUAAAAGCCUUAAAGUGCAUGGAUGACUUUGGUGUAAAUAGAGAUUUGGAAACUUAUAAGGCAUUAUUGGAUAUAUUUCCAAAAGGAAAAUACAUACCAGAAAAUAUAUAUCAAGCUAUGUUGCACCAUUAUCCAAAACAACAAGAUACAGCAAUAAAAUUGCUUAUAAAAAUGGAAGAUAAUUAUGUAAUGCCCGAUUAUGAAAUGCAAGAAAUGAUAUUAAAUAUUUUUGGUGUAAGAAGCCUAGUUAUAAAAAGAUUUUGGCGUAUGAUGUAUUGGAUGCCAAAAUUUGUUCAUUUAAAUCCAUGGCCAGUUCCUGAACCUCCACCUACUGACCCUCGUGAACUAGCACACAUAGCUAUGCAUAAAUUAUCUAAUAUAGAUUUUCAAGCUAAAGUUACUGAGUUCAGGACAAAAGAUGUACCAGAUGCUAUUGAUGAUACAUGGAUCAUGUCUACUAUGAGCUCAUCUCAACAAGAAUUACUUGCUGUACAACCAACUGAUAAACCAUUAACUAUAGAAGGUCCUUUUAUGAUUUGGGUUGGGAGAAGUUGCUUGGAUUAUUUCGUACUCAAAGGAGACCCAAUAAAAAGAGAUAUUGUUUAUGUUGAUUAUGAUGAUAUUUCUAAUGUAAAAAUUCCAUUUUGGGAAAAGCAUAACUUUGGUAUACCUGUUACUAUUCAUGAACAAGAUGAUGAUAAAUUUAAAAACAUCUCCGCAAUCUACUCCAGGCGGAUGAUCUUGCAAAAUAAAACGUUUGUACAUAAUGCAAGAAAUUAUUUAAGAAUGCCCAACUGCAAACAUGUGCCUUCGACAUAUAUGGGCAAAAGCUAUGAAGAAGUGAAAAGGGCACACGAGUCAAUUGUGUCACCUUCUUUGAAACCAUUUUAUAAAGAACCAUUAAUUAUAUACGAGGGCCGAGGACAAUGGUUGUGGGAUCAUCGAGGAGAACGGUAUUUGGACAUGUUUGGAGGUGUCGCUACCGUAUCUGUUGGACACUCUCAUCCAAAAAUAGUAGCUGCUAUAUCUGAACAAGCAUCAAAAUUAAAUCAUGUAUCUUCUGUCUAUAUGCAACCUCGUCUACACGAAUAUGUGACUAAAUUAAUCAGUAAAUUUUCAGGGAAGUUGAAAGUAGCUUAUUUAACAAACAGCGGAUCUGAAGCUAAUGAAUUAGCAUUUUUAAUGGCUAGACUUUAUACUCGCAGCCAAAAUAUUGUUUCUUUAAAAAACGGUUAUCAUGGAGCAACUUAUGGCACCUCAGCAUCUACUGCACUAAGCAAUUGGAAAUAUCCAUUUAUUGCACAACCGGCAGGAUACAUGCAUAUGGUAUAUCCAGAUGUGUACAAGGGUAAUUGGGGAGGUUCUAAAUGCAGAGAUUCUCCUGUACAAGUGACUGCAAAGAAUUGUGACUGUGGAGAGCAGGAAUGUCUAGCUUCAGAAAAAUAUUUUAGCGAUUUUAAAGAGGUGUUCUGUUAUAGUUUGCCAUCUAAACAAAGCAUAGCAGCAUUUGUAGCUGAGAGUAUUCAGGGAAUAGGAGGAACAGUACAAUAUCCUAAAUACUUUCUGAAGAAAGUAUAUGAUUAUAUUCAUGAAAAAGGUGGCUUGUGUAUAGCAGAUGAAGUUCAAACUGGUUUUGGUAGAACAGGAGAACAUUUUUGGGGAUUUGAAAGCCACUGUGUUGAACCAGAUAUAGUAACAUUAGCAAAAGGUAUAGGUAAUGGAUUUCCUCUAGGUGCAGUAAUAACAAGUAAUGAAAUUGCUGAGAGUCUAAAUACUGCAUUACAUUUCAAUACAUUUGGAGGAAAUCCACUUGCAUGUGCUGUAGGAAUAACAGUGCUUGAUAUUAUUGAAGAAGAAUGUCUUCAAGAGAAUGCACAUAUAGUUGGUACCUACUUGAUUAACCACUUAAGUAGUUUGUUAUCAGAAUUUCCUAACAUUGUUGGAGAUGUUAGAGGAAAAGGACUGAUGAUUGGAGUGGAACUUAUUGCAAAUCCUGAAACAAGAAGUCCUUUAGAAACUGAACAUAUGCUUGAAAUUUUUGAAGAUAUUAAAAAUAUGAAAGUUCUCCUUGGAAAAGGAGGAGUGUACGGAAAUGUACUAAGAAUAAAACCACCCUUAUGUAUAACAAAGGAAGACGCAGAUUUUACAUUUUCUGUCAUAAAAAAAGCCUUAGAAAUUCACAAAGAAAAAUACAAUAAAUAGAUCAAAGAAUAAUUUAAUACAUUAAGCGAAUACAAUCCUUUUUAUUUG